AGCUGGGAAUCCUUUUUCUUAAAUUGAUUUUUAAUGGGAAGUUUCCCAAUUUUUAAAUUGGAACUCACUUAAUUGGCAACUCACUUAAAUUUAAGACAAAUAAAACCCAUCUGUAGGCUGGCAGUGCUGCCCACAAGAUUCCCCUGCUCAGACGAGGGGUUAGUGGGCCCGUGUGGGCCAUUGCUAGGCCACUGACCACAGUAGCUAAUAUUUGCCAAGCCAGGCCACACUUACCUUCUCCUUCCACCAGCCUGGCACCCUUGCAGGGCGUCAUGAGCCCUGAUUUACAGAGGGGCAACUGGAGCUCAGAGAUACUAAGAAAAUUGCUGAAGGUCACUUGAGCUAGUGAGGGGGCAGCUCUGGGAUUGAGAGCUGGGUGGGUGCAGGUGACUACAAAUCCUGUGCUUAGGCUGAUCCCUCCAGAAGCCUCAGUGUCCCCCUAAGUUCUCUCCUCCCUCCACUUGGGCAGGUGUGCUCUGGCUUCUGACCCUUCAUAGGGCACCACGGCUGGGACUUCUGUCUGGGGUGUGCCCAGCAUUCGUUCACACUGUCAUGGAAAUCACAGUUCCCUGGGAAGGGGUGUUGUGUUAAAGGGAGGGGGAAGAGCAGGCAGUUAAGGAGUCUGGGGUCUGAGUUGCCCCGGCCUUGAAGGGGACAAGGUCCCCCCCUCCCAACAGCCAGAGAUCCGAUGCAGCUCGCGGUUGUCCUACACUGUAUAUGUUGUGUCUCGGGGGUACCUCACCACGUGUACCUUGCUAGCAUGCUGCUGGCAUUGGCUGUCCCUGCUUGGCCUCAUUUUUGCAAAGUCAGUUUGUGCUAGGUAAGCAAGAAAGAAAGCUGAUGCCAUUGUCAGAUUCCCGGCAAGGCGGAAGCAGACUGGGAUGUGUGUGUUCACGUUAACAUGUGUGUUUCAGUGUGUCCAGUUCCCCUUUUGCCAGGAGCUAGGGCUACCCUGGACAUGUACACCGUGACCGAUUUGACCUGCAGAUUCCCAGGAAAUGUUUUGAAACCAUAUGCCCACCUGCGGUAAGACACGGUGGGUAGGAGUGUGGAGCCAGACAGCCUGGGUCGAACGGUUUAUUAGCUGUGUGGCCAGGGGCAAAUUACACCUUGGGACUCUCAUCUGCAAACCAGAGAUAAUAAUAGCACCUACUACAUGGGGCCGUUAUGAGGAUUAAAUGAGGUCAUAUAUAAGCAAAGUGCUUGCAACUGUGCUUGGUAUAUAAGUGGUUCUCACAAGGUUGCCUGUCAUUACCAUUAUCUCUGGCCCAGGGCCCAGGAAUGAGCUUCCCCUGAAGUCAGGAUGGGUGAAGGCCUUCCUGGUUUAGCACCACCCUCCCAUCACCAUGACAACUCACAUCUCAUCCCGGAGUGGGGGCAGUAUCCGAGAGCUGGUAGCCAGGAGCUGUCUGUACACCUUUGUCUGCCCUGCUUCUUGAAGCUUCUGCCCUAGGACUUCUGGCAGCCCCAUAUGUGCUAGAGAACCCUGACUGCACCAAGGCACCCCACCUUUUUGACUCCAAAGCCACAGACUGGGGAAAGCCCUGGAAUUCCCAAAAAUGCCAAACGUCUCAGCUUCACUCUCCAACUUGACCCCAGUCUCCCAAAGGGAACCAACGGAACACCUUGAGGGGUUGGGAACAGGUGGGCCACAGCCCAAGAGCCUUUAUACUGCACCUGAAUGGUGCUUACAUUUUCUGUGAAUCGGUAGCAACAUUUAAAAAUCAGGAAACUGCUCAUUUAAAGCCAGAUACCUGGCUUUUCUUUAAAGAGCCAGAAGAUCCAGGAAUGCCUGGUUGCCUGGUCGACAUUCCCGCUGGAACAGAAAAACAGCUGCCUUGGGCCAGGAGAGUGAGUGCUUGGUUCUCACCCCAAGCCCUCUCACCGCCCAGUGUGUCGCCAGCCCUCCUUGGGCUGCGCUGGGCUGUCCCGGCCCACUGCGCCCUCCUGUGCUGAGAUCAGCGCAGCUCAUCUUUUCCAGAACCCCCCUCCCCCCACCGCCCAUAUAGAACACAUCUGUGAGCCGGAUUUACUUCUUAGCAACAAUAAGAAAACAAGGAGCAGUUGCCUGGGUCCAGUUGCACCACCACAGUGGGCAUCAUGGCCGUGGACGUGGCAGAAUACCACCUGAGUGUCAUCAAGAGCCCCCCUGGCUGGGAGGUGGGCGUCUACGCGGCAGGGGCCCUGGCGCUGCUGGGCAUUGCAGCCGUGAGCCUGUGGAAGCUCUGGACGUCGGGGAGCUUCCCCAGCCCCUCCCCGUUCCCGAAUUACGACUACAGAUACCUUCAGCAGAAGUACGGAGAGACCUACGCAGAGGCCAGGCAGAAGAGAGCGCCCGCCUGGAACACCCAGCAGGCCAGCGCGCGGGGACCGCCCAGCCGCAAAGGCAGCCUCAGCAUCGAAGAUGCCUUUGAGAGCAUCAGCGAGCUGGGGCCCUUGGAGCUGAUGGGCCGGGAGUUGGACCUGGCCCCCUACGGGACCCUCCGCAAGUCCCAGUCGGCCGACUCCCUGAACUCCGUCUCCUCCGUGAGCAACAACUUUGGGCAGGACUUCACGCUGGGCCAGGUGGAAGUGAACAUGGACUACGACGCCACCUCCCACACCCUGCACGUGGCCGUGCUGCAGGGCAAGGACCUCCUGGAGCGGGAGGAGGCCAGCUUCGAGUCCUGCUUCAUGCGUGUCAGCCUGCUGCCCGACGAGCAGAUCGUGGGCAUCUCCCGGAUCCAGAGGAAUGCCUACUCCAUCUUCUUUGAUGAGAAGUUCUCCAUCCCCCUGGAUCCCACAGCCCUGGAGGAGAAGAGCCUGCGGUUUUCUGUGUUUGGCAUUGACGAGGACGAGCGGAACGUCAGCACGGGGGUGGUGGAGCUGAAGCUUUCUGUGCUCGACCUGCCACUGCAGCCCUUCAGCGGCUGGCUUUACUUGCAGGACCAGAACAAGGCUGCCGACGCCGUGGGGGAGAUCCUGCUGUCCCUCAGCUACCUCCCUACGGCCGAGCGCCUCACCGUGGUCGUGGUGAAGGCCAAGAAUCUCAUCUGGACCAACGACAAGACCACAGCGGACCCCUUCGUCAAGGUGUACCUGCUGCAGGAUGGGAGGAAGAUGAGCAAGAAAAAGACGGCCGUGAAGAGGGAUGACCCCAACCCGGUGUUCAAUGAGGCCAUGAUCUUCUCGGUGCCGGCCAUCGUGCUCCAGGACCUGUCUCUCCGCGUGACAGUGGCUGAGAGCACCAGCGAUGGUCGUGGGGACAACGUGGGCCACGUCAUCAUUGGGCCAUCGGCCAGUGGCAUGGGAACCACGCACUGGAACCAGAUGCUGGCCACGCUGCGCAGGCCCGUGUCCAUGUGGCACGCUGUCCGGCGAAACUAGCAGCCAGGGUGGGCCAGGUGGGCGGCGGAGCCGCUGGGGCCUGGCACCAACUCGGCUCUGGCCGACGCCCUCUCCAUAGCCCCGCUGGAGCCAUGAACGCUGGGGUCCCCCCGCGGAGUCCUCAUGAGCCAUCUCCGUCCCUUUGUCCAGAUCGGAGCGGGCGUGGCUCUAUGUCCAGGGACCAGGGUUGUCUCCCACUGAGGACCAGCUGUGGCUGCGCCAGGACCCAGGGAGUGCAGCUGGGCACUGGCCAGUCGGGCUCCAUCUCGAGCUCCCCCUGCCCUGCUCCCCUGGGAGGUGGGAGCCCAGCCAGGCUUGGGUACAGGCACUGGGCUAGGCACCGAGGACUGGCAGGGGUAACACAAACAAAACCCCGCCCCCAGGACAUCAGUAAAACAAGACCCCUUGCCCCGGGGCUCUGCUCUGUGCUGACUGGUGGCCCAGCCACACAGGGUCGGGGAGGGCUCUGAGGGAGGACCCGGCAGGGAAGGAGCUGAGCAUGCUGGGAAAGGAUGUGAACUUUCCGUCACAAACGCAGUCCUCAGCCCGCUGCGGUGGGUCAGGAAGGGACCUCUCUGGGCAGGAGAGACGGAGAGACCAGGCCCAGGCGGAAGCCUGCAGGGCGCUCUGGAGCUAUUCGCUGCGACCUCCAUCCCCAACCUCAGAACCUGACCCAGGUCCUCGCACUCCGUCACUGGCUCCGCAGGGGCCAGGUCACUGGCUGGCGGGUCGUGGGGCGGAUGGAACACUGGCGGGCAGAGGUCUUGGUGGGCCACGGGCACCCACCAAGAUGUGGCGGACAAGGAGGCCCCUCCGCAGGGCCCUGGAGCUGCGGCAGUGAGGGAGGACUGUCCAGAUGGCUGAGGCAUGAUGGGAAGCCAGGGGAGAUCAGGGAGGUCGGGUGGCUCGAGGGACAGCCCGAGAAGAUUGAAUGCCCGUCUGGGAAGGGACGGCUCUGGAGCAUGGCUCCAACCCUCAGGACACCGGGUGUCUAGGUCAAGUUCCCUGGAAGCAAAACCUGAGCUGGGGACACCUGGGCCCGGGCUUGUUGGGGGAGGAGUCUCAGAGAAACUUGCCGUGGAGAGAGGGUGGGGGCGGGGCACGGGGGGGACAGGGGUGGGCAUGGGGAGAAGCCAAACUCUCUGUGGCUUCAGGAGACACUCAGCCUCCGCCUGAUCGCUACAGGGGCCCUGGAGUACAAGUGGCACCCCCAGGGGCUGGCUUGUUACCCUCCCAGGGAGUUGGUCUUUGGCCGCCACCCCAGUCCCCCCUGGAGUGAGGGCGUAGACACCUUCCCAGGUGUCUCGGGCUGAGGCAGCUCCCACCCACCAAGGGCAGUCCCAGAGGAGCAGCAGCUGAGGGGUGGGAGCACCUGCCGGGUCGCAGGGAUGGGGCCACCCGCAGGUGGGGGCGUGGGCUCUCAGGCUGGCUUCCCUGUUCCCUGGGCCUGGUCCAAGCUAUGGAGACCCAGGUCCAACCAGUUACCCCAGUGACAUAGGGAGUGUCUGGAACGGGAACCCAUUGAGGUCAUGGGCCUGGAGGCAGGACGGUGGCUCUCCCCACCUGACACAGCCAUGGCCCAGCCCCGAGUCCAGCGCCCGGCCCUGUGCCAGCUGCAGGAGGGAGCACAGGGCCAGAAGACACGUGGCUGGGUGAGCCUCCGCCGCCGGGGAGACCCAGAUGCUCGAACCCGGUGGCUGCGCAGUGCAGGCCACCUGUGCCCCCGCCCUCUCCCCUCUGCCCCCCCUCUCACUGCAUGACACGUCGACUGUGUACCUGGGAUGGCUGUGGUGGGGACGGAGUGUGCUCACUGGAAUGAUUCUAGAACCAGAAUAAAGCUGGGGCAGGAAGAGGGGCUUCCAGGGAGCCCUGCUCAACCCCAAAUCAC